CUGUUUUUGGCCAGAAACAGUGGACCUCCACCAUCCUGCCAUGGAGGGGUCAACUGCAAAAAAAAAACCAGGAUAUGGACAUCACAAAAAAGAGACGUCUGCUGGCCGCCCAAUUCUGUCCCGUCAGUCCACAGCAGACUGCAGUGGUGACGAGCUCGCUCAGCCGAAGAGACUGAACGGUUCCUCUGUGGAGCUACCGAGUUACCAGAACCUGCACCGGGAGCUGCUGCUCAGCCAUAAACGUGGCCUGCUGCUGGAGGAGAAACCAGAGCUGAAGAGAGUGUUGGAGCAGCGCAGACUGGAGCUGCACAAGGGCGAGGAGAUGGCCCGUCAGCGGCCCUCAGAUCUGGAGACAGAGCUGCGCAAGAGGCAACAGAAACUGCAAGAGUAUGAACAGGAGGAGAUCAGGCGGCAGGAGAACCAGCAGAAGAUCCCAGAGUUUGUCCGCGUGAAGGACAACCUGAGGCGGACACAGAUGUCUGAGCAGUGAGGCCGCGAG